AUGCCCCCAAACGGCUUCCGUAUCCUGGCUGUUAGGAAAAAGCCGACUCAACGUGUUAUUUGUUUUUAGCCAGCUUGCUAGUUAGCUUCAGCUUCGUCGAGGUCUUUCUCGGAAAUAUCGUCCAAACAAUGGCUUCCUUUGAUACGGACGGAGUAUCAGACCCUGUUGGAAUCCACGAGGAACCGUCAGUCCUUCGCUGUAAAAAGUGCCGAAGAUGUGUUGUAGAUUCAUCAUGCUUGCUUUCAGCCUCAGAAGACCUCAUGGCUGGAUGCACAGUGUGGCAUGUGGAUGUUGAUGCAUUGCCUGAUUGGAUCCUGUCAGUUAUUAAUCAGGUUCACUGGACGACAGGGAAACUGAACUGCCAGCAUUGUGGAGCACGUCUCGGUGGUUUCAACUUUCUAAACUGUUCACGAUGUCCCUGUGGACACGACACGACCGUGCACCUCAUUAAAAGCCGUGUUGAUCAGGUCGUAAAGCAUCUGGUCUACUUGAGCAAACCAGGUACAGCUAGAGUACACACAGGGUUUCAGGUUAAACACAAAGAUCUAGAAGGACCAGAGGACAGAAACCUGGGCUGUGACCUACAUCCGGUCACUCAUGGACUAAACCCAGAGCCUGAGCUCCAGAGCAGAGAAAUACAAGCAACUCAUUUCGAUGGUGAGCCAUCUGUCAUCUCUCCAUUCAGUCGUCCGCUUUCUUUGCCUCUCCUUCAUCCUGUACAUGAGGAAAUGAACGAGGCAGCGGCUCAUGAUGACAGCCACACACACCUGACACCAACAGAGCUAUCAGAUCAUCUGCAGAACCAGGACAGUCAUCUUGAUUCCUUUCCAUCACCUACUCAGGACACGGUCACGGGACAAGCGGAUAUCAGUGAUGGUGUUACAGAGGAAACACAGGACCAUGCCUACUUCACUCCUGUGCAGAUGUUGACCAAAAGAGAGAAGAAUCGCUUAAAGAGCCUGAGGAGAAAGCAGAGAAAGAAAGAACGCUGGAUUCAGAGACAGCUUGAGGAGAAGAGUGUGAGCUGGAAUCUGACGAGCAGCGAUGAAGAGGAGAAAGAGGGCUGCAUGUGUGCCGUUUGUCUGGACGUGUACUACAAGCCGUACAUGUGUCAGCCCUGCAGCCAUGUGUUCUGUGAGCCCUGUCUGAGGACGCUGGCAAAGAGCCGGGCCAGCAGCACACCAUGUCCUCUCUGCAGAACUCUCAUAUCACAUGUGAUCUUCCAGGAAGAGCUUCACCAACACACUAGGACCCACUUCCCCAAAGAAUACCGCAUGAGAAAUGAGACUUUCCAUAAGACCAACUAUUCCAAAUGGCCCCUGCCCAGCUGUCCGAAGCAUUUUCACUUUUUAUGGGGUCUGCAGAGACACAGAGCUUCGGCUGGUCAGUGGCAGUUCCCUCUCAGAGCGUUGGGACUGAACAGACUGGAACUGGGAGACAUAAGGGGCUGGACUUUUCACUCUGAUAUGAUCACCUUCAUCUUCUCUUUCCACUGGGUGCUUUCCUCUUUUAUCAUUUUGUGUGGCCUUUUCUACAUCCUCCUCUGGUGAUAUGACGAGAACUCGACCAUGUCAGAGAUGUAUGAGGCAAAGCCGUGGACACAUACUAUCACUAUACACAUUAUGUAUUAUUUUUAGAAAGUAAAAGGUAUUUUUUUCUAAGUGAUAUACAUUUCAGAGAUACUGUUCAGGUCGUUUCGAUCUGAGAGCAACAAAGUGAUAAUAAAAGUGUUAAUAAUGACUGGUUUAAA